GUUACAAACCGUCAUGAGAAACAUUAUAAUAAUCCUCGUGCUCGAACUGCUGGCAGUAUGGGCUGGCGAGCCCAACUUGUGUUGCCCUUCUGGGCAAGAAACCUUGGUGGAGCAAAAAAUAUGCGAAAGUGGCAUACCGAUGACUUUACAGUGCGAAAAUGGAACCGAGGGCGAAGAUUAUGUGUUUCUCGUUCAUAUACCGAAAGUACAUUUAGGAAACUAUACAUUUGAUGAUAAAAAGGACAUGAUGUCGGACAUGGGAUCCAUAUCAAAAGAUCAGUAUUGCAUUCAGGAAGCCUAUGGUGAAGAAUAUGUUGUAUAUUGCACCGCUUUAUACGUAGAAGAAACAUACACUACUGUAAUAAAUGUCAUAACUUUAACAACUUCAACAUUUUUUUUGAUUUUAACCAUUGUUGUGUAUUUUAUAGUACCUAACUUAUUGGACCUACAGGGAAUAUGCAUCGUUAAUGCAUUGGGUGGUCUGGCCUUUUCCUUUACUUUUUUGGUGAUAGUAAACCUAUUCACUUUGGAGCAAGGUUUGUGCGAGUUUCUCGCAUUCGGAAUAUACUAUGCGUUCAUGUACAGCUUUUUUUGGCUGAAUACACUCACAUUCCACAUCUGGAGGACCACAAUAAAUCCCAAAGUGUUCGAUGGUGUUAAAGUUAAUUGUUGGAAAAUGAUUUAUCUCGUUUACGGAAUUGGGGGAUCUCUAGUCUUGUUAGUUAUUUUGCUGAAUUUAAAUUAUCUGGAAGCAUUUAAGGGUAACGAUCUUCAUCCUGAUAUUGGUAAUGGGACAUGCUGGUUCCAAACCGUGGAAAUUACGUUUAUUUAUUUCCACACCCCAAUGCUUAUUAUUUUGGGUAUCAAUUUAUUCUUAUUUAUUUGGACAAUUGUAUUUUUGUGGAAAUAUGUCGCCGCAAAUAGUCCUGAUUUUUCCGUACAAAAAUACAGGUUAAAAAUGUGCAUAAAAUUAUUCUUCGUGAUGGGAAUUUCAUGGCUGUUCGAAUUUUUAAGCGUAUUCGCAAAAUAUAAGCAGCUAACCGUGCUGAAGCACAUAUUAAUUAUAACGGACAUAAUCAACGGCCUGAUGGGACUUAUAAUAUUCCUGAUUUUGGUCGUCUUCAGAAAGAGGGUGAUCCGGGGUCUUGCGGAAAGAUCUGUGUGCAAUUACAGAUUGCCAUCCACCUGGAGAAGACAAACUGACAGUGAAAUCGACGAGAGCCCUGACGAGUACACGCUAACAUAAAUUUAAAAAAAAAGAAAUGCAAAAGUUUUAACAUUGACCUUCACAUUUAAGGCAGCUUGCGAAUUUGGAGACGUACCAAAGAACCUUGGAUAUUGGUGAAUGCCAAAGAGAUUUUAAGAUGAAUAAUAAUAUUAUAUAUGUAAUUGUUAUGUUGAAUUUACUAUGCAAAUAAAGUAUUAUAAG